AGCUGAGCGGCGGCGUCGUCUCCUCUCAUCGUCCGCGGCCGCCUGGGACGGAUCUGCGUCAUUCAGCCACUGCACCUCUACUAUGAUAACUUCCAUCCCAGCUCUUUUGUCAUUGAUUUAUCUGCCAUGCUUGAUCAUAUUCUCCAUUUUGAUUGUUUUUUCCUUUUGAUUAUUGUUAUUAUUAUUCUUGCUUGUCACCACUAACGCCGUCUAUACUCAUUUGCAUUUCACAAACCCGUGUGUGCCGCCGCUUUUGGAUUUUUCCCAACCGGACUCAAACAAAGGGGAUUUAUUUGUGUAUGUAUGUUCUCUGUGAGGAAUGUAUAAGGACGGAGAAUAUUCCCAGUGAAUCAACUACCGCUAUGCGCCUUUGCUUGGCGGCGCACGUCUGCCUCCUGUGCGUCUGCACAGAAUAAGAAGACGCACCACUUUAUUAGGAUACAAAGGGAACACGACACUUUUUUUUUCCUCCUUGAACACACUUUUUGGGGACAGACGUUUAUUUAUUUUGGUUAAAGUCAUGGGGAAGUCGAUGUGGAGUUAUUAUUUUGGAGUUCUCUUUAUCACCUUCAGAGCGGACUUUUGUCGAGCGCUCAUCUUGGAGUCCAUCUACUGGAACACAACAAACACCAAAUUCGUGCCAGGUCAAGGUGUGGUACUGUACCCCCAGAUUGGUGACAAAUUGGACAUUGUGUGCCCGCGUGUGGACGGUGGGGUGGGCGAUGGAGUGGAGUUUUACAAGGUGUACAUGGUGCCCAGGGAUCAACUGGAAAGCUGCACCAUUACCAAGGCCGACACGCCACUCCUCAACUGUGUCAAGCCUGAUCAAGACGUAAAGUUCACCCUCAAGUUUCAGGAGUUUAGUCCCAACCUGUGGGGCUUGGAGUUCUUCAGGGGAAAAGACUAUUACAUCAUCUCUACUUCAAACGGCACAAUGGAGGGUAUCGACAACCAGGAGGGCGGCGUCUGCAAGACCAAGUCCAUGAAGAUGAUCAUGAAAGUAGGACAAAACCCGUCAGACCCCGUUUCACCCAAAGACAACCCCACCAAGGUCCCCAACUCUCCAAAACACCCAGACAGCAAGGACACCCACAAAACAAAUGAAGUACUGGAGAAGCCAGGUGUAGCGUCCAGAGAAAGUGAACAAAACAACACAGGUGGAAAGUCAUCCAAUAUCAUCGGUUCCGGGGUGGCCAUCUUUGUCAGCAUUGCCUCCGGCAGUGUCAUCUUCAUCAUUAUCAUCAUCAUGCUGGUCCUCCUGCUGCUCAAGUACCGGCGGCGUCACCGCAAGCACUCGCCACAGCAUGCAGCUACGUUGUCUCUGAGUACUCUGGCCACGCCUAAACGAAGUGGCGGUGGCGGGAACAAUAAUGGCUCAGAGCCCAGCGACAUUAUCAUCCCGCUCAGGACUGCUGACAGCGUCUUCUGCCCCCACUAUGAGAAGGUCAGUGGCGAUUAUGGCCACCCGGUCUACAUAGUCCAAGAGAUGCCACCGCAGAGCCCUGCCAACAUCUAUUACAAAGUCUGAAGGAACUCUGAAAGCAAAAAGACAUACAGGAACAAUCCCAGGGAAAAAGAGGGCCAGUUCUUGGUUUCAGCCGCCAUCAUGGCUGCAAACAAACUCCCUCGCUCUUUCUCUCUCAAUCUGCCAACUCCUCCCCUCUAUGUUGUCGAUAUUUUCUUCGUGAAAGGUUGCUUAUACCAACUUCCUCUGGUAUUUCACAGUCUGGCUGGGAUUGGCAGAUUGGCUACUGUCGCCGCUGUUGCUACUUUCCAGGACUUCUGGGGGUGGAGGCUAAUCCUACCCCCGUUCUGGUUUGUGUACGUGUGGCCAGUAUGUUAGGGGAGCUUAAGUAAUGUGAGAUCAAAGAGUUUUGAGGUAUGCAAGUGUGUCCCCCCCCCCCCACUUUCCCCCUGUGCUUGGAUUGGAUGAACAUAUGACUGUGGACGUGGAGAGGCAUGUUUGCCUUCACCAUCAGAGAGACUACCGCCUCAAAACGAGCUGGAAAGAUGCAAACAUUUGAGUCCGGAGGAUGAGAAACAGGAUGUGCGAUGACCAUCUUGGCAUGGAUCAUGUGGUAAAGCGUUCGUCUCCUUGUGUGAAGGUUCUGGGUUUGAUCCUCUGUCCCCCUCCCCUUGACCAGUCAAAGUAUCCUUGAUCGCUACGUCAUUAGUAGGUGAAUGGGGUGACGGUGUCAAAGCACUUUGAAUACCUCCAAGGUAUGAAAGCGCUUUUGAAGUGAAAGCCCAUUUUACCUUGAACCAAAAUGGCUGCUCUCCCUUGAUCUUCACUGGCUGCAGAGACUUCUUGGAUGUCCCGGGUGAACGAGGAAAAGGGAUCAGUUCUUGCACCAGUCCUGUUUGGGACUUUGACUGACUCACACACACACACACACACACAUCACCACCACCACUUUGUCAAGUGUUUGGCUUUUAGUGAGGGUUGCACCGUUUCUCCUGUUGCUACAUACUUGUUACUUGAAGGGUUUUUAAAGAGAAAUGCAUCCCACCAUGUGUCAAAAUGUACCGAGUGUUCACAAAGUCUCUUUACAAUUAAAACAUGUAUUACAACAGCAAUUGAUGAGAUUUGUUCCAUGUACUCAGUGGUUAUUGAAGAUUUUAAAUCACACUGCAUGACACAAAACAUUUCCAGAUUGGAACACAGGCCCGAUGGACUGAAUCGUUCAACAGAUAUGACUCUUUUGGACAAUGUUAAAGAUACAGAGUCAUGAACAAAGAUCACUGAUACCAUUGCCACCAGUGAUGAGCCGAUGCUACAGGUAACAUGGAAAAGAAAUUGGGUACCAUUCAAUUAUUCUGCUCAGUCUUGGGCCUUUUGAGGUUGCAAUUCUCCACCCAAACACAAGGGGAGAAAUUUUCCAGUGAGUCGACACAGUGAGCUACCUUGGCACUCAUUAGCUGCUUAGCUUGAUAGCCUCGAUUGAGUAUUAUUGGAGUGUUAUUGGAUUGUAUGCCCACUGAAAAAGUCACACACGGGACAUAAUGUACUAUAAUGUACUUGCUACAACGCAAGUUUAGAUUUUUGUGGGGAGAUCCGUGUCAAGCUACGCAAAAGGGUUUGGAGUAGGAGGAGCUACUCUGCGUAGCUUAAUGGCGCCCAUAGAGGUUAUUAAACGAGUCGAAAAAACUUCACAUUUUUAUUUAUCUUUUCAUUUGUAAUGAAUUGUUACAUUGUAAAGAGACUUUAGGACACCUUGUGUUGCAUUUGAUUUGAAGUGUAGUUUUAUAGAAGUUUAAUUCAUCCCAUACAGGCACAUAUUUUUCUCUGUAACAUUCAAAUACAAGUGGAGUAACGAAGUUCCCGUGUCAUGUCAUCGGAGCGGACAACUUUAGAAAACAUAGAGCAGCACUUUCAACCCCAUUUUGGUACCUCUUCACAGCAGUCCGCAGACAGACCACGAAAAAGGAGAGAUGCUCUAUCCUGGCUGGAGGAGUCUCUUUGAAAUCAGAGGCGGGAAAGCGUUAAGGGCAAUAAGAAAUCCAGUUUGCCUUAACAGUUUUUUUGUUUUUUUUGCAUCAGGUGAAGACAGGCUGAGGUUAGCAAAGCUGCGUGAAACAGUUCGAGGUACUGUCAAGGAUCCGAGAGCCCAAAUAAGCAUGACCUGAGCUCACCUGUUUUUUUUUGUUUUUUUUUAGACAUGCUCUUGCGCUAUGUCCACACAAAUAUGGAUACUUUGAAAAAAAACAAAAAAUUUUUAUCAUGUGCUUUGGUCAUUCGUCCACACGCAAAUAUAGAUUUGUCUGUUGUAAAAACCGUUAGCAUUUUGAGUAUGAAGCGACUUUCGUCAUAAGAAAUGUGCAACAUGAGCCCAAUGUAUUUUAACAACGCGAGAGCCUUGCUAGGAGAAGACAUAUGCAAAAUAAAUACCAUUUGUUUCUGCAUGUAUAAGGUCUAAAGGGAUGAUGUUGGUAUGAAAGUAAAGCGGAGACUUUGAUGGUUCCUGUAGAUGUGAAAAUGUACAUAUGUUUGCUACUGCGUGAAUUUUAGCAGGAGAAAAAGAAGAAUACUUGUAGCGUUGGAAGGGCUGAGUGUUAGCUUUCAAAUGGUGCUAAGUCGGUGGCAUUAGUGUUCUGGUUUUAUGAUUCAUAACAUAUCUGCUGGUCUUAGACAGCUUGCUUGUUUUACACAUUUGUCCAUUUUAGUGCUUGAGGUAUGAAUUAUCUUCCGUUUUCCUAAAAUUCGCUGGCGUUCAUGUGUACGUGUAUAAUUGAUGGAAACGUCACGUAGCAGUUAGCAUCGCAACACAAAUGCAACCACAAAGCCCUCGGUUAUUGACUUAUGGUGAUUGGUUUAAUUUUAUGCAGUGCGUGAUUAGAACACCUAGGAGUGAUUACAAUUUUUUUUCCGGGGUGUCAUAAUAUGAAUUUUUCCAGGCUUCUGAUUGGCCAAAAUGCAUCCGGUGAAGGUAUGGAACACCGGAAUAGCAGAAAUGUGCAUUUUUGAAAAUAUCCAUGUUCGUGUGGACAUGGCCUUACAUUAUCAGUGUUGUGUACCAUCUCCAUCAUUUUACAUGUUUUGGGUUUUGUAAUUUGAGUAAGUUGAUGUACAUUUUACAGACAAAAAUGAGAAUUUAUUUAUAAUAGACACUACAGCACAGAUGUUGGCACGGACAAGAGGGUAAUAUUUAUACAUAGAUUAUGGUAUCAGUGCACAUUAUGCAACCUAGAUGUUUUGAUUAUUUGAUAUAUUCUCGAGUCCUGUGAUUUCACGAGCUCUCCAGAGGAAGCUUGGCCAGGUGGGGUAUCAGGGACCCUUGGCUCUUCUAGAGCAGAGUAGCUGUGUCUCCCCAUCUCGCUCAGUGUAGCAGUUCCCAAAGCAUAUUCAUACUGAUUUGCUUCACACACACACACACACACACACCCUUCAUGUUACCUGUGCAUGUGCGUAUGUGUGUGACUAUUCGGGUUGGUAUUUCAGUCAUUUCAUAUUAAUAUCUUGCUUUUAUUUUGGCUGUUGUGAGUGUAUACCGCCUCAUCUGGUCAUUUCCUCAUAAACAACAUCAAAUUUCACCCAAAAGCCAAGCCUAGUAUAAUGAGGUUUGUGCCUCUAAGAGGCUACAAAAUCUGCAAAUAUGCAAUUGUUAUUUAUUUUUUUAAUCAAUUCUGAUAUUAAAAAAAACAAAAAAAAAACAUAUGGAAAGUGUUCUUAACCACUGAAAGAUGUUUCAAAUGACACAAUACAAACAAAGUAUGUCAAAACAGGCUGUUAGCUUUAUUCUCCAUUACUGAUAGUAUUAUUUUAACCCAUAAGAACCCAUUGAUUGACUCAUUAAGUUAUGAAUAGGAAAGAUUUUGGACUCCGCAAGAUGUGUCUUACCCAAAAUGUCAAGUAAGCGAGCCCAUUUUUUGCCAUUAAAGCUCAUUUGAAAGCAAUUUAACAAUUGUAAUGCUUUAAUAGAGUGUCAGAUAUUCCAAUUUAACAGCUCUUACUAUAUUUCUUCGAUUAAUUCGUAUAAAACAAGCUAUUAAAAUAUCACUCUUGGGCUCACAGCCUGAUGUGACAGAAAAAAUGCUAAUAAGACAAUAAAUAUCACCAUUUUGAUGAUUUGUAGUUCUUGGCAAGGCAAAGAACUUCAAAAUACAGUACAUUUGUGGUAUUAAGCACAAAAAGGUAUCAAGUUACAUUAACCAUAAACACCAAAUGUAACAUAUUUUACUUCACAAUAUUUAUUAAAAAAAUUAAGAAUGAAAUAUCCCCUAUAAAACAGAAAUGGGUCUGGUUUCUUAUGGGUUAAAUUGCAAUGGUGCGAAAGGGUAGCUUUGAAAAUUAUAACCAUUAAAAAUGUCUGACAGACAACUGGUAUUAAUAGAAAUCGAGAAAAUAACACACUCCUAGAACAAACAAAUGGUUUUGUUGCUGUAUAACUGCAGCAGAAUAUGACAAUCUUAUUUGUUUCUUUGAAUCUGGCAUCUCUUCUUUGGAUGUCACUUGACUAACUCUCUCCCAACAUGGACCAGAUUUGGUGUAAUGUUUGUUUGAAACAUUAUUGACAGGUCGUGAGAGUCUUAGCAAGCGGGCGAGAAAAAGGCACGUCAGGUUCCUGUAAAAAUAAAAAAAUAAAACAAAAAAAAAGCCUUGCUCGUAUGGUCAGCCCUUGGUCACUCGACACAGUAAUUUUGCACCAUUCUUCUGUCGGUAAUAAACUGUAAAUACAUUAAUGUUUGUAUUGUAUAUGGACCCUGGGUUGUUACAAUAGCCUUAUUCACAUUUUUAGGAAAUUAAAAUGGAAAAAUGUUCAGAAAAAAGAUGGAAUACACUUCAGCGAGAGCAUACUACUUUUUUGGUAAAUAGCUUGUAAAUAUUAAUGAGAACACAAUAAAAACAUUUUUAUAAACUCUUCAAAGUCAAAUGUUUUGUAUAAAAUUUGAAGUUUUGCUAUGUAUUUUAGCUAGUGCUCAAUGGAAAGCCAGUGUACUCCCCACUUCCUUCCCCGUUGCACUGUUUCCAUGGUAAUUUGGUUUGAAAAAAUAAGCAAAAAUUUGCCAAACUGACUGCUGCAUAUUUGUGCCAUAAGUGUGUACCAUAAAUAUUUAUUGAAUUUCUUUCUAUUUGGAUCCAUUUUUGAUUUAAUUUCAGUCCAGUUUGUAAGUAACACAGUAUUAUAAUUGCAUUGGAAUUUUUUUUUGUCCCUUCUUUUUUUUUUUUUCCUCCUCUUCUCUGUCCUGUCAUGUCUACCGGGUGGCUGUUGUCCCGUCCUGUCAUGAAUGAGUUGGACAGGUUGUGAAAGAUGGAUUCAGCGUUCAAAAUCUGAAGUUCAAAGUGAGGAUAUACUGUAUAACACACAUUCCACCAGUCUGUUACAAACUGAAAACGUUUUUUUCAAUAAAAUGUUUUUCCUAUGGA